CAUCAGCUGUGACGGAUAUUUAUUUUUUUUUCUUUUCUCUCUUUUUUUUUGUGGAGGAAAGUUCAUGCAUUGUGGGAUGAAAAGUGGGAGUAUAUACUCAUGGCAGUGAAUGUGUAUAUAGUGUUUGAUGUUUGAACAGUUUCUUCGUGUUUUUUUUUGUUUGGAGCAACCGUGGCAACCAUGGAAGUAGAGGAAAAUAUCGCUCAUGUAAAUUACAAGAUUACUAUUCCCAAGUUUUCCACACACAAAGACCUGAAUCACACGUUUACUGAAGUCUUCCCUCUCUCCGUAAAUAACCUCCGUUUUCUGUGGAGGCUCACGAUUGUCCCCUUUAUUAAAGAAAACGGCGAGUCUGCGAGGGAUCACUUAAUCAAUCACGAUAUUGGCAUAUCGCUUGAGUGUCAGAAAUGCAAUGUAAACCAUCCAAAUUUAGACGUAUAUUGUAAUGUGAAAGGAAGGGAUCAACAUGAGAAAUUGUUACCCAGAAUGGAUUAUAACAGAAUGAUAUGGAAGGACGUGCUAAUAUCAAGGUUAGCCCUCAAGGUGUUCAACUUGGUUGAGGACGACAAACUAGUCAUAAAUUUAAGGUUCGUGGUGACAGGUCGUGACCUCACGCGAGCGGUUGAUGGUGUGAGUGAGAUGUCCCGUGACCUAAGUCGCCUCCUGGAGAGUGGCGCUCAAAGCGACGUCGAUCUGGUCACCAGGGACGGCGUGCGGCUGCCUGUCCACUCCGCCAUUCUCGCCGUGCGGUCGAAUCUCCUGCAGAGGGCAGCCAAGAAGGGCAGGGUUUCUGCAGCGUCGACGCCCCGAACGCAGGCGGGGACUCCACCGGUCAAGCGCGAGGACACGCCCAUCAAUAGCACCUUCGGGAGCAUGUCUUCAGGGUACCAUUCCGUCGCUUCUUCCCCCGACACCUGCGCCUCCUCCGGCCAUCCGCCGAGCGCCCCCGUGACCACCCCGAUGAAGGCCCUCGCGCUCCACAGCCCCGGCCCCGCCUCCCCCCGAAGCUCCCCGAACUCUAGUAAAGUGAGUCGGCGCCCGCCCACGCCCAAAAGAGUCGCACUAAGCCAGCGCCCGCCCACACCCAGAAGGAAUCUCAGCAGCCACCACCUCACGCCAGCAAGAAGUCCCAGCAAGCGGCCUCUCACUCCCGCCGUCGAGUCUCCCAGCAAGCGGACCAACGUCGGCGGCUCCUCCAUCAGGUUCUCGGGGGAAAACAAGGAAAAUAAGAGUCUCCAGAUCUUCCACUACCGCCCCCGGCCGUCGCCCUCCCCGUGCCCCAGCGACUCCCCCGGGCGAGCGAGGGAGGCGGGCGAGGCGCCGGUGGGGGGCAAGGGCCCGGAGAGACUGCAGGUGGAAGUGAGCAUGACUGCCUCUGUGGCCACGGAGUUGCUGCACUGGAUAUACACGGGCGAGAGCGACGACCUAGGAGCCCUGGCGCGGCCGCUCCUGGUGGCGGGCAUCCGGCACGGGAUGAGCGGGCUGACGCGGGCGUGCGAGGACCACCUGGCGGCCGCCCUCACGCCCGCCUCCGCCCCCGACGUCCUCUAUCUGGCGCACAAGUAUGGGGCGACGACGCUGCGGGAGGACGCGCUCGAGUACGCUGUUCAGAAGGCGGCCGAGGUGACGGCGCAGGCAUCAUGGGCGGCCCUUGGGGAGCGCGCGCCCACGCUUAUUAUGGAGUUUAGCCGCCGGCUCGCCCUGCAUGACCACGCCCUGGCUGCCAGCACAUGAUCAUGGGUCACGGAUCUUUAUAUGAAUAUAUAUAUAUAUAUAUAUAUAUUUAUAUAUAUAUAUAUAUUUAUUUAUAUUUAUAUAUUUAUAUAUAUCUUUAUAUAUAUUUAUAUUUAUAUAGAUAUAUGUGUAGUCAUUUAUUUAUGUGUGUAUAUGUAUCGUUUACAUAUACACAGAGAGGAGUAGAGAUAUUAUUUGAAUGUGAGUACAUACUUCUGCAAAUAAAGUGCAACGAUAAGAAUUCAAGGUGAAUGAGCAUCAGAUGUCUGUUGCUUUUAAUGAUUAAGGGUUCAUUAAAGUCUUCUAAACUAUAACUCACACGCUUAUAUCAGAACGCACACGCACUCACUCAGUAUUGUAUAGUGAUUGCUUUAACUUUACGGAUUCUGUUAUUAUCGCCUACCCUUACAUUGAUUUCUAUGAACCCGUAUUUUCUGUGUAUAUACAUAUAUAUUGUACUGUCUCUCAAAUAUAUUGUAACAUUAUUCUG